ACUCACGAACGUCUCCCUCACCCCCUUUACGCCCCCGCUGACAAUGCUUCUACUUCUUCCCGUCCUUCUGAGCGUUUCCAUGGUAUGGGCUGCGCCCUACUGUUCCCUUGCGCCUGCUGCGCCGUCUGGUUCAACGGCAACUUCUGCAGGCGGAAGUGGAGGUCACAGCAGCAACGGAACAGGCAGUGGGUCUAGUGGCUCCCCUGGUUCUGUCGUAGCAGCUACAUGGUGGGCCAGCUGGCACAGCAGUGACUUUCCUCUAUCCAGUAUCAGCUGGUCGAAGUACAGCUCGGUCAUCUACGCGUUUGGCGUUACCACGCCUGAUGCUGGAACUGUAGGGCUCCAAUCAUCUGAUGAACAGUUGAUUCCACAAUUUGUGCAGCUCGCUCACCAGAAUAAUGUCAAUGCCAUACUAUCUAUCGGUGGAUGGACCGGAUCACAAUACUUUUCUACCGCAGUGUCGACGGAUUCAAAUCGCACAGCGUUUGCUCAAGCUGUCAUGAAAGUAGUCUCGCAAUACAAUCUGGACGGGAUCGAAUUUGACUGGGAAUAUCCUAAUCACCAAGGGAUUGGCUGCAACACUCUGUCCCCAGACGACAGCGCGAACUUCCUGACCUUCCUACAGACACUCCGAAGCCAGGACGGCGCCUCGAACCUCAUCCUAUCUGCUGCGGUAGCAGUCACCCCAUUCGUGGGAUCCGAUGGCGCGCCUAUGUCUGAUGUCUCAGGCUUUGCAAAGGUUCUUAAUUACAUCGAGGUUAUGAACUACGACAUCUGGGGAAGCUGGUCUCCCGAGGUUGGCCCGAACGCGCCUCUGAAUGACAGUUGCACACCAUCGGGCAUCGCGCCCGAAGGAUCUGCCGUCUCCGCCGUCAAUUCAUGGACAAAGGCCGGAUUUCCCGCCGAGCAGAUCAUCAUGGGCGUCGCGUCUUAUGGACACAGUUUCCAUGUCGCCACGAGCUCCGCGCUGGACUCUUCAGGCUCGCUCGCUGCGUACCCGCCAUUUGACAAGUCUCAGCAGCCACACGGCGAUAGCUGGGACAGCGAUGGCACAGGUCCCGCAGAUCAGUGUGGGAAUCCUCCGGCGAUUGGAGGCGUCUUCGACUUCUGGGGUCUCAUACAGGGAGGAUUCCUGAACGCGAAUGGGACAGCGGAGAGCGGGAUUGAAUAUAGGUUCGAUAAUUGUAGUCAGACGCCGUAUGUCUACAAUCCGAACACACAAGUUAUGGUGUCUUACGAUGAUGCGACAUCGUUUGCUGCCAAGGGCACAUUCAUCAGCCAGAGCGGGCUGGCCGGGUUUGCUAUGUGGGAGGCCGGCGGUGACUCCAACAACAUUCUUUUGAACGCUAUCAGCACUGCUCUUGGCUGCGGUGACUGCUGAUAGACCGCAAGGCUUCCGUCUUUGACGCUUGCAAGGUAUUUUAUCGACCCCUUAAAUUAAACCCUCCCUCUGGAAAAAUCAUGAGUGUGCUUUUUUAUGACCAUGUGUAUCAUAUACCGCUGUAAUACCAGUACUGUGUCUCACCUCGAAAGCACGCCAGUGCAUACCGCCAAUUGCGUUGUAGAGUACAUCCGAUGAUACAGGCAAUAUACAUGGCUACGAAUGGG